ACUACAAACUCUUCAAGGAAAAACUUUAAACAAAAUAUUGAUGGAAUCAAUCAAGCAACGUCUUUCCGUAUAUGAGCAGAGAACAGUCUGCAGGAUGGCUACGCUUUUGGAUCCACGGUUCAAAAAAAGUGGAUUUCAACAUAGCUCAAACGCUGAACAAGCAGCAACAUGUUUUGAAAAUGAGCUGGCCAAUUUUCCAGUUAAAGAGACCGCAAGUAAUCAACCCGUAGCACCGGAUUCAAGUAUACAGGAUACUUUGUUCGAUUUUUUGGGUGAGCGUUCCAUGAAUAAUUCUGUAAACUCAAGAGUAGAUGCAAUUUUAACUAAGAGGCAGUAUCUGGAAAGGGCAAUUGUAGGACAAGAUAUCGACCCUCUAUUAUGGAUGAAGGUGAAUCAAACUGAUUUCCCUGCCAUUGGGAGCCUUUUCGCCAAAUAUCUUUGCAUUCCGGCUACGUCCGUGGAGUCUGAAAGAACAUUCAGCAAGGCGGGCCAAAUAAUAUCGGAGAGGCGAACCCGGCUCAAAGAAAAAAAUGUUAACAUUCUUUUGUUUUUAAAUCGCAACUCUUGGCUGAAAUAAAGCAUAUUUUAUUGUA